AUUGUCAUUAUUAUUACGAAUUGGUUGUCAAAGUAAUUAGGCUAGGUUGGUGUAAGUGCCACGUAAUUUUAAAUAUUAAUUAGUGUUAAAAAAUGGGUAAUUUGGAGAGUGUUGAAAUUCCUGGAGGAGGGACAGAAGGUUAUCACGUUUUAAGGGUUCAAGAAAAUUCUCCCGGUAGUAGGGCAGGUCUGCAAGCUUUUUUCGAUUUCAUUAUUUCAAUCAAUGGAACACGAUUGGACCAAGAUAAUGAAACUUUAAAACAAGUUCUACGCAAUGGUUUAGGUAAACAACUUCCCAUGACAGUUUAUAGUAGUAAAACACAAAACGUUCGAACUGUAACAAUAGAACCAAGUGAAAGUUGGGGAGGACAAGGCUUGUUAGGGAUCAGCAUUAGGUUUUGUUCCUUUGAAGGAGCCAAUGAAAAUGUGUGGCAUAUUUUGGAAGUUCAUCCGAGCUCUCCAGCUGAAUUAGCAGGUUUAAGACCUUUUACCGACUAUAUUAUAGGUGCAGAAUCUGUUUUGCAUGAAAAUGAAGAUUUGUUUGCUUUAAUAGAAGCUCAUGAGGGCCGUAGUCUAAAAUUAUAUGUGUACAAUAGUGUGGAAGAUGGUUGUAGAGAAGUAACAAUAACUCCUCAUCGUGGUUGGGGAGGAGAGGGCAGUUUGGGUUGUGGAAUAGGUUAUGGUUAUCUUCAUCGCAUUCCAGUAAGAGGGAAUGUCCCUCAAAGAAUAUAUGAACCUCCUACAAUCAAAAGACCAAUUCAAGAAAACACUGAAAAGUCUAAGGCAAAACCAUUUAUAAAUCCUGAUCAAUCUAAUGUAUCAUCAGCGUUUGUGAACACUUUUAAGAAUCCUACAGUUUCUUCUUCUACUGAGAUGACUAUCGAAAAUCCUAAUUUUAACAGUAUGACUAACUUUCCUAAUCCGCAGAUGAAUGCAUCUCUUCAGAAUGUGACAGUGACUUCAACAGUUUUAAAUGCAUCGUCACCUCUUCCAUUGUCAGUUUCUAAUGCAAGUAUUCCUUCAUUUAUGUCUGUUCCAACCCCUGUUUCUUCUUCGCAAGUUUUCCAAAAUGUAGCACCUGAUACAAACACAAUGCAGACACCUGCAGGAUAUUUCUUACCCUCUUCAACACCUGUCGAUGUAAACUAUCCUGCAUUUGUAAAUCAAAACAGUAUGGUAAUUCAGCCAUCUCCAGGAACUCCCCUUGUUUCCAAAGACGCCCCUUCCUUGAAUAUUAGUAGUGUAUCUCAUGAAGGUAUUAAUCAAAAUUUAAAACAUCAACAAACACCGGUAGUUUUUGACCCGACUAUUGCAGCGCAAUCAGCUCAAAGUUUACUAACAAAUAUUGCAACUACGACUAGUUAAUUCUUUUAAUUGUAUAUUUUAUUUAAUUAAACAAAUAAUUGUUAAUCUGUGCCUGAAACAAAUCUUCAACUAGUAAUCUGUGUCUCAUGGCAUUGGAUAAUUGUGAUGUUUCUUUUUUAUAAUUCCGUUUAAAAUGUAUUAUUUAUCACUAAAAAGAAAAUGUCAUGUAUUUUUAGCUUAUAAAGUGUACCUACUACAAACAUGUCUAUGUUUAAAUUAAAAUUAUUUUUUGUUAAACAAUGAAGGGCUUUUUAU